UCGCAGAACUUAUGAGCAGGGCAUGGCCAAGGGAGGGAGAGCUGUCGGUGCAGCAGCGCACGGAGGUGCUGGUGGGGGUGGCGCGGGGGCUGGAGUACCUGCACCAGUUUGGCAUCGUGCAUCAAGACAUGAAGCCCGCCAAUGUGCUGCUCGAUGCCAACAUGCAGGCUAAGGUGUUAGACGUCGGGCUGGUGCGCAUGACAGAGGGCACCGCAGUGAAUCACACCCGCGUGGUCGCCACCCCGGGCUACGUUGACCCUGCUUACUCCCACACCAACAAGGCCACUCCCAUGGCUGACGUUCACUGUUAUGGUGUGAUGUUGCUGGAGGUCAUAACAAUGCGGCAUGUGAUACUCUCAGUGGAUGGUGCCGGAUGCAACAUCAGAGACUGGGUACGUGUAGCAGGCUAUCACUGACUCAGUUGUGCGCUUUAUUAUCUU